CUAUAAGAAGAAUGUCUGAAUAUAUUAAAAAGACUGAAAUUUUAAUGCAUGAGCGGAGCCUAGGAGAUGAAGUUGGCAUUGUAUAAAGAAAGCAUAGCAAGCUUAACUGAAACAGCAGCGAAGCAACUUAUCAAACUUAACCGCACACUCGGAGAGCUUAUUCGCUCAAACCGUUACUCCGACUCACUCCAACGGUUCACCCAAAUCCACUCGUCCCAGAACCCCAAACCGGACCACUAUACCCUCUCCACCGCCCUCACCGCCUGCGCUAACACCCGCAACGUCGUUCUAGGGAACCAACUCCAUGCCCAUGCUAUCCGUACCAGCAUCAAAUCCUAUGCCCAUGUUGCUAACACCCUGCUUUCGCUCUAUGCAAAAGCCGAAGAUCUAAGCUCUGUGAAGAAGGUUUUCAAUGAGAUUGAGAGGCCGGAUGUCUAUUCUUGGACUACCCUGUUAUCAGCUUGUACAAAGUUGGGACACUUCGAAUAUGCUUGUCAACUGUUCGAUAAAAUACCUCAAUGCAAUGUGGCUGUUUGGAAUGCGAUAAUAACAGGGUGUGCAGACAAUGGACGCGAAAAAGUUGCUAUGAACUUGUUCAUUGAAAUGCACAAGAUUGGUAUUAGACAUGAUAAUUACACUUUUGCUAGUGUUUUGAGCUUGUGUUGUAUGGAUGCUUUGGAUUUUGGGAUGCAGGUGCACUUGUUAGCGAUCAAAACCGGGUUUUUAUGUUGGACUUCUGUGGUUAAUGCUCUGCUUACGAUGUAUUUCAACUGUGAAUGUGUUGGGGAUGCUUAUAAGGUAUUUGAAGAGGCAGAAACAAUGGCAUGUGAUCAGAUUACUUUUAAUGUGAUGAUAGAUGGUUUAGCGAGUGUUGGAAGAGACGAAAAGGCACUGGUAAUGUUUAAAGAGAUGCAACAUGCUGAUUUAAGUCCAACUGAACUGACUUUCGUGAGUGUGAUGAGCUCAUGUUCAGCUGCUCAACUUGCCUACCAAUUACAUGCUCAGGCUAUUAAAUUUGGUUUUGAAGCUUGUAUUUCUGUAUGCAAUGCUGCAAUAACCAUGUAUUCUAGUUGUGCGAAUCUGCAUGCAGCCUGCAUGGUUUUCCAGAGAUUGCAGAAGAAGGAUAUAAUCUCGUGGAAUGCUAUGAUUGCAAGUUACAUUCAAGGGAAUAAUGGCAAAUUUGCCACCUUGGCCUACCUGGAAAUGCAGAGAGAAGAAAUCAAACCUGAUGAAUUUACUUUUGGAAGUUUGCUAGCAAGCUCUGAGUUUGUUGAAAUUGUAGAAAUGGUUCAAGCCCUCGUAUAUAAGAACGGGCUUAUCCUUAAAAUUCAAGUUUUAAAUGCAUUAGUAUCUGCAUAUUGUAAGCAUGGUAAGAUGAAUCUUGCCUAUCUAGUAUUCCAGGACACCAACCCCAAAAAUUUGAUCUCAUGGAAUACUAUUAUUUCUGGGUUCUUGUUUAAUGGAUUUGGUAUGGAAGGGUUGGAGCAAUUUCACCGGCUUCUGAUGUCAGAAAUCAAGCCAAAUCUGUAUACAUACACCAUUAUUUUGAGCAUCUGUGCAAGCAUUUCGGCCUUGAGACUGGGGAAACAAGUUCACGGCUACACUCUCAGAUUUGGGUCUUCUAUGGCAGCAUGCUUAGGUAAUGCCCUUAUCACAAUGUAUGCUAAAUGUGGGGCUUUAAAUUUGUCCAUCAAUGUAUUCAAUGCAAUGACUGAAAGAGAUACAGUAUCUUAUAAUGCCAUGAUAUCAGCAUACGCACAACAUGGGCUGGGAAAGGAAGCUGUGCGCUGUUUUGAUGCAAUGCAAGAAAUGAUCAUGGUCAAACCAGAUCAGGCCACCUUCACAGCAGUUCUUUCUGCUUGCAGUCACGCUGGGUUAGUUGAUGAUGGUAUACGGGUGUUUAACUUGAUGGUGAACAAUCAUGGAAUUGUGCCUGGAGAAGAUCAUUUUUCUUGUAUUGUUGACCUUCUAGGUCGUGGGGGGUAUCUUGAUGAGGCUGAAAUAAUAAUGACCAGUAAGCAUUUCAAAGCACAUUCCAGUAUCUGGUGGUCUUUGUUCAGUGCUUGUGCAGCUCACACUAAUUUAAGGUUAGGAAGAAUGGUUGCUGGAAUUCUUCUUCAAACUGAACAAAAUAAUCCUUCAGUUUAUGUGCUUCUGGCAAAUAUAUAUGCAUCUGCCGGUCAAUGGGAAGAAGCAGCUAAUGUAAGGGAAUUGAUGAGGAGAACAAGGACAAUGAAGCAACCUGGUUGCAGUUGGAUUAGUUCAUAAAUCAUAAAAUACUCCCCAUACUUUUUCUAGAGGCUGGUGUUAAAAGGCUGAAUUUUGAUCUCAGAAAGAGAAGAUUUCUCUGAAGAUUAUCAGAUUGGCUUCAGUCGUCAUAUAAAUUUGACAUGCUGGGUGGAUUAGAAACAGGGAUCAUGGCCCCAUGUUACAGUAAUAGUUGCUCUCAUCCUUGAGGGAUUCCCAUGACAAGACCUUCCCAUUUUUUGGAGGUCUAUAUAUUCCAAAUCAGAUUAUAUCUGCCCAGAGAAUCAAUUACUUUUCCGGAACCCAAUUAAGAUGCAGUUUUAAACAAGAUUGGUGAUUGGAGAAGAAACGAGUUAGAAGUCACCUUCUUCACCACCUACCAGGUCCAAACCCUGAAGUAAUUUCAAGUUAUCUUAUUCUGAGUUGUACUCGGUCACCUAUAUCCACUCAGUUUGUGACUAUAUUUGUGCAGAUUAUACGAGGAAGACUGCAACGUGGACCGGAUCUGGUUCACCAUAAGUUCUCAUGAAAGGGCCCUUUAGAGAGAAGGUCUUCAGCUGUUUCAUUUUCAGGUAAUAAAUUCUCGGUUCUCGCAUGGCCAGUUGGGAUUGGUUUCACAGAGAAAAGAAUAUUAUGCAAGAGGUUGUUCUCAAGUUUCACAGACCAGAAAAUGCUUUACGUGGGAGCCUCCUGUCGAAGACUGGGUUAAGCUAAUACCGAUGGUAGCUCAAUGCAAGUUUCAAGUCAAAUAAGUUCGGUUUUCUUGAACAAAAAAGAGAAACGGGUCAAAAACAUAGACGUUACUAAAUUGUGGGGUUAGAUACUUAUUUCAUUUUGUCAAACUUUUAAGAUUUCUAAAUGGGACUUAAAACAUAUUACCCUUGUAAUUCCAACAUUUUUCGUUCUUGCGUUUCACAAUUAUUCUUAAAUAUUUGUUGUAUUAA